AUGAAGCUUGACGCAAAGCAGAUUCGCUACCUCACUACUGAGGAUUUCAAAGUCCUUGCCGGGGUCGAAGCCGGAAGCCGAAACCAUGAGGUUGUUCCAACUCCGCUGAUAGUCACGCUUUCAGGUCUCCGGGGCGGCAGUGGCGUGCACCGCUCGAUCUCGAACUUGGCCAAGACUAACUUGAUUGCUAGAGUGAAGAAUGCGAGAUAUGACGGCUACAGACUCACCUACGGCGGACUGGACUACUUGGCGUUGAAUGCGCAUCAGAAGCAGAACGUUGUCUACUCUGUUGGCAACCAGAUCGGGGUGGGAAAGGAAUCAGACAUUAUUGCUGUCGCUCACAGUAGCGGAACUCAGCGAAUUCUAAAAAUCCAUCGUCUCGGCCGAAUUUCCUUCCGAACUGUCAAAACAAACCGCGACUAUCUACGACACCGCAGUUCAGCAUCCUGGAUGUACAUGUCAAGAUUGGCAGCGAUGAAAGAGUUCGCAUUUAUGAAGGCGCUUCGAGAGAACGGAUUCUCAGUACCCGAACCUAUUGCCCAAAACCGCCACACCAUUGUUAUGAGUAUGAUUGAUGCAUUCCCUUUGCGCCAAAUUUCCACAGUGCCUCAUCCCGCCGAAUUGUACUCCGAACUUAUGGACAUUAUCCUGGAAUUUGCAAGAUUUGGUCUGAUUCACGGUGAUUUUAACGAGUUCAACAUUCUCAUCAAAGAAGAGGUUAAUCCUGAUGGCCCUGGGAAGUUCCCAGUCACCACAAAAAUUGAAGACGUGCCUGAUGAGGACAUUCGUCUCACGCCCGUCGUCAUUGAUUUCCCACAGAUGGUUUCUAUUGAUCAUGCCAAUGCUGAAAUGUACUUUGACCGCGAUGUCGACUGUAUCAAGAGGUACUUCAAGCGGAAGUUUCACUUCGUCAGCGACUCGUCUGGUCCAUCGUUUGCAACUGCCAGAAAGGGAUUCUUGAAAAAUCCCGGCAAGCGUCUGGAUGUUGAGGUUGAAGCAUCGGGCUUCUCCAGAAAAAUGGCGCGUGAGCUCGAGAAAUACAUGAAGGAGGUCGGCGUAGAUGGAGAUAAUGGUGCUCCUCGAGACGAUCUGGAUGAAGAUGGAGAUGAAGAGGAGGAAGAAGAAGAGGAGGAGGAGGAGGAGGAAGAAGAAGAAGAAGAAGAAGAAGAAGAAGAAGAAAAAGAGCAGUCAGUUUCAGAGUCUGGUGAUUCUCAUGAGAAGGCGCAGCUGAAGACUGAUGCGGACGUUGAAGAAAGCUCUCAGCGACUGGAGGCCCUUCAGGUCUCUGGAUCAGGAGCUUGA